ACUAAUUUGGGCACCUCCAUUGCAUCCGAGUAUGAACGGACGCAUAAAUGCCGGUUGCAGCACUUUCGUCAACGUGCUUCUUAAAUCGCAAUGGGUGCAAAUCAAUGCGAUUAUGAAGGCGCUGAUUAUUUUAAGGCGUGCGGAGUUCGAUCGCACGACAUUAUAGUCGCUUAUAAGCUGGUCUCUUUAACUGUAAGGAAAGGCACCUCCUCCUCUUGUGUUGUGAUGAAACGCUGGAGGUAAUUCGCAGUCCCGUUUCAUUGGGCGCCUCCCAGUCAGGAGGUUGUGCUGAGAGCGCUGCUGAUACGAAGGCCGGGCCUCCUCAGCCAACUACAGGCCGGCAUUUGCGGGCAGGGCCGGCGCAUAAAACUGCGGGGAAUGCGUUUUUCCCCCUAUGCUAAGAAGCAGAAAGUUUUCUUACACCGGCAACACAGGGAAGCCAGCAUCGAGCUUCAGUAACUUCAAAACACAUAUAAACUUAAGGAAUAAAUAGUGCGCUGAAUUGGCUUGAAUUGAAUUGUCUUUGGAAUUAAGUCUCGUGUCAAUUUUGCUUGCACCUGAACAUCACUAUGAAGCUUAAGGGUAUUAAGAAGCCAGCCUUUCCAUGGUUUGGGAUGGACAUCGGUGGGACCCUGGUCAAGCUGGUGUACUUCGAGCCCAAGGACAUCACGGCGGAGGAGGAGCAGGAGGAGGUGGAGAACUUGAAGAGCAUCCGGAAGUACCUGACCUACAACACGGCCUAUGGCAACACGGGCAUCCGCGACGUGCACCUGGAGCUGAAAGACCUGGCCAUGUGUGGCCGCAAGGGCAACCUGCACUUUAUCCGCUUCCCCACGCAGGCCAUGCACCGCUUCAUCCAGAUGGGCCGGGACAAGAACUUCUCCAGCCUGCACACCACGCUGUGUGCCACCGGCGGCGGGGCCUACAAGUUCGAGGAGGACUUCAGAACGAUGGCUGACCUGCAGCUCCUGAAACUGGACGAGCUAGACUGCCUCAUCCAGGGCCUCUUGUAUGUUGACUCGGUCGGGUUCAACGGCCAUCCGGAGUGUUACUUCUUUGAAAACCCGUCCGACCCAGAGAACUGCGUCAAGAGGCCAUUCAGCCUGGACAACCCCUUCCCUAUGCUGCUGGUGAACAUCGGGUCUGGGGUCAGCAUACUGGCAGUCUAUUCCAAGGACGACUACAAACGCGUCACUGGGACCAGCCUGGGGGGCGGUACGUUCCUCGGCCUGUGCUGCUUGCUGACCGGCUGUGAGACGUUCGAGGAAGCUCUGGAGAUGGCGGCCAAGGGGGACAGCACUAAUGUGGAUAAGCUAGUGAAAGAUAUCUACGGAGGAGACUAUGAGCGCUUUGGUUUGCAAGGGUCAGCGGUAGCAUCCAGCUUUGGCCACAUGAUGAGCAAAGAGAAAAGAGACACCAUCAGUAAAGAGGACCUUGCCAGAGCCACCUUGGUCACCAUCACCAACAACAUCGGCUCCAUUGCUCGCAUGUGUGCUGUGAAUGAGAAAAUUGACAGGAUCGUUUUUGUUGGGAACUUCCUCCGGAUAAAUAUGGUGUCGACAAAGCUGCUGGCCUACGCCAUGGACUUUUGGUCAAAAGGACAACUCAAGGCCCUGUUUUUGGAACACGAGGGUUAUUUUGGGGCUGUUGGUGCUUUCCUGGAACUGCUGAAGCUGACUGAUGAUUUGUGAGGAAAAAAACGGGGAACCUGCCUCAUCCGAGAAGCUGCUGCACGGCUUUGAAGAAAGCCAGUAUACGAAAUGUCAAAAAGCCAUUUUAAUAAUUUAACGAGUGUAAAUAGUUUUGAUUUAUUAUUUUUUUCUCGCCUCUUGUUUCCUUGCCCCCUUAAGAUUUUUAUAAACUAAUUUAAACACCGAUGCAGUCAGGAGACAAGUUGGAUCUCGGACAUCACACUUUCCUGGUACUGUGUGUAAAUAUGUAUUUUUAGAAUGUGUGCCAAAGCAGAAUUCUGACCUUCUGUUUGUUUAUAUUUUGGUUAUAUUUGAUUGUGGUAGAUUUAAAAACUGUGAGGACCUAUAUCAAGAAAAUGGACCUGUAGUACACUGGCUCUGUGACACUUUUCUCCUUGCUUUUACUCUGUCCCUCAAGAGGUUUGAUGAGAUUAAUUGAUCUCCAGUUAGAGAAAUGCCUCAAAAGUAGCCGUGACGAAAAGCAAUAAUUUAAUUUUCUGUAAUUUGCUCGAACUUAGUCCACAUUGUCCUGUAGUGUCUGUGCAUUGUCCCCUACCAAACACCUAAGGAAGAAUGUCCUGGCCAUAUGGAAGGUGGGACCAAACUAGACACUUAAUGUCCAGUUUUUAUUCCCUCUCAAUGUUCAGUCUCAUCCCACAUGCCCAGUGAGAGUAAGGUGCAGAUCUUCUACAGGGGGUGUCCACAUAGCGUAUCACUAACUUUGCCAAAAAGGGGUCCAUUUUCUUCCUUCUUCUGAGGUGUACUUUUUAAUCAAAGUGUGAAUCUUUUUUUUUCUUCCCUUUAUGAUGUUUUUUUUUCUUUUGUGACAAGUAGCCCCAGGAGAUUUUAUUCAGACCUUUUUGGUUGUUUUUCAUGACAUUUCAUGAUAGUAUCUCGGUUUCAAGUGAAACUAAAAAGCUGGCUUGUGAACUACUCUUA